AUGGAAGAAAAGCGAAGUCAACAACCUGAACCUAGGGCCGAUAGAGGAGAUCAGGUAGUAACUGCAAUCCAGCAAAUGACUAAUAUUUUAGCUCGGUUGGUAGAGCAGCAGGGUCAAGCCCCUGUUAACCAGCCUAGAGACCCUGAAAUAGGGGAAGAUAGGGCCCUAGAGCGGUUUCAAAAGUUUUCUCCUCCCAAGUUUCUUGAAGGGCCAAACCCAGAAGUAGCGGAGAGAUGGCUAGAGACAAUGAUCAAUAUCUUCGCUGCUUUGAAUUACACAGAAGAAAGACAGGUUAAUUUUGCUAUAUUCCAAUUCGAAGGAUCAACCAGAGCCUGGUGGAAUGUGAUUAGGAUUAAGUGGAAGAAAGAGCGGACAGCGUGGAUUUGGUUGAACUUUGUGCGAGAGUUUAACAAGAAAUAUCUUCCACCCAUAAUCCAGGAGAAAAGGAAGGACGAUUUCAUUAGGCUAAGUCAGAGAGCCUUAAGUGUAUUUGAGUAUGAGACUCAAUUUAUCAAGUUAUCCAAAUUUGCUCAUGAAUUAGUAGAAACAGAGCAAAGAAGGGUGAGGCGGGUUGUACAAGGGUUCAAUGUAGAAAUACACGAGGCUUUGGCAGCUGCACAAAUUAAUACUUUCACAGAGGUUCCGGAGAAGGUCCAGAGGAUUGAGAUUGUAAGGGCGCAGGUAAAGGCUUUUCAUGCAAGAAAGAGAUGUACGCCAAGUGGAGGCCAAGGGCAAGGACAUGGUGAUCAGGAUAUGUGUGACAACCCCACCUCUCCCUAG